GGCUUACUAGUGGAAAAGCUGAAAGGACCACAUAACGUCUGGUGCAGCAAAGAGGUUCUCCUUCUGCAAGGCAUUUGCUGGACUCCUGAAAAAUUAUUUUGAUUAACAUGGCAGAGAAGGAUUUCAUCAGCUGGCAUCUACUGGCUUUAUUUUUUCUUCCAUUUUGCCUGUGUCAAGAUGAAUACAUGGAGGUGAGCAGAAGAUCUUAUAAACCAGUGGCCAAAAUAUUGCAAAGUCACCACCAGACUGGUCACAAAGGUUCCAGCAGCAGGGAAAUAUUGAAGCAGCGGAAUCAACUUAUAGAAUGGACUGUUGAUAAUAGCACAUCUACAGACCAUAAAGUCCUGAGACCAGAGGUAGAUGAUGUAGAACUGACUACCUCAGACAGAGUCCAGCCCCCCCAGCCUGGACCACAGAAUCCAGACUGCAGUUCCUGCUGCCGAGGUGACUUUGGAGUUCGGCUCUACCAAGGGCCCCCAGGACCUCCCGGGCCCCCUGGGAUGCCAGGAAAUCAUGGAAACAAUGGAAAUAAUGGAGCAACUGGCCAGGAAGGAGCCAAAGGUGAGAAAGGAGACAAAGGAGAUAUGGGACCAAGAGGAGAGCGUGGCCAUCAUGGACCCAAAGGCGAGAAGGGUUACCCUGGGAUUCCCCCAGAGCUACAGGUUGCUUUCAUGGCUUCGAUGGCUACUCACUUCAGCAACCAAAACAGUGGGAUCAUCUUCAGUAGUGUUGAAACCAAUGUUGGGAAUUUUUUUGAUGUCAUGACUGGAAGAUUUGGUGCUCCAGUGAAUGGGGUGUAUUUCUUUACUUUCAAUAUGAUGAAACAUGAAGAUGUGGAGGAAGUGUACGUGUACUUGAUGCAUAACGGUAAUACAGUGUUCAGCUUAUACAGCUAUGAAUCCAAAGGGAAAGCAGAUACUUCAGGAAACAGUGCAGUCCUAAAACUUGCCAAGGGAGACGAAGUUUGGCUGCGAAUGGGAAAUGGAGCCCUCCAUGGGGACCAUCAACGCUUCUCCACCUUUGCUGGGUUUCUUCUUUUUGAAACCAAGUAAAAAGAGGAAACAACCCAAUAGAUGUUUAUUUGAAGAAACAUCUUUUUUGGAACUGGUAUAUUUCACUGGACUGUGAAAUAACAUUACAGCAUUGGAUGAUCAAGAAUCCUUGUUUUGAUGAAAUGUGCUACUACUUGUGUAUCAGAGAUGAGCUGAAUACAUUGGGUAGCUGACACA